GAUGAAGUGCAAGCCGAACCAGACGCGCACCUACGACCCCGAGGGCUUCAAGCAGCGCGCCGCGUGCCUGUGCUUCCGCAGCGAGCGCGAGGACGAGGUGCUGCUGGUGAGCAGCAGCCGCCACCCGGACCGCUGGAUCGUGCCCGGCGGGGGCAUGGAGCCCGAGGAGGAGCCGUGCGGCGCGGCCGUGCGCGAGGUGUACGAGGAGGCGGGCGUCAGGGGCAAGUUGGGCCGGCUGCUGGGCGUCUUCGAGCAGAACCAGGCCCGCAAGCACCGCACCUACGUGUAUGUGCUGACCGUCACCGAGCUGCUGGAGGACUGGGAGGACUCGGUGAACAUCGGCAGGAAGCGCGAGUGGUUCAAAGUCGACGAUGCCAUCAAGGUGCUGCAGUGCCACAAGCCGGUGCACGCCGAGUACCUGCAGAAGCUCCGGCGGGGUGGCUCCCCAGCGCGUGGCAACUGCGUGGCCUCCUCGCCGCUGCCGCCGCCGCCGCCGCCGCCACCCCCGGCCGGCCAGCUCUGAUGAACAGCAAAGAUGUUCAGGAUUGCUCUGAGUCACUGAUGUGAACCCGGGGACCAAUGGAAUUGGCAAGUGCACGUGAGCGCAUCUGUGUUCCUAAUGAGAACGCUCGUCUGCUUUUCCUCUCAUGCCUUGGAACACCACACUGUCAAGUCCACUGGCUCCUCUUGCUCUGGAUGGUGUACGUGAACAGACUUAAUUCAGCACCUAUAGCCUUUUGUUGUGCUUCUUUGAUGUGUCUGCCUUCUGCAUUAGACUGAAUGAAGCACCAAGAUUAUUUUUCUUUACAGUUUGCAUAUCCUGAAUCCGAGACACUACUUGAAAUAUGGUUGGCAUUACUUGAAGGUUCUUUGAUUCAACUAAGGUUUUGUAAUUGUUGUGUAGCAAAACAUCCCCCUUCGAACCUGGUGCUAGUGGAGUAGGUACUGUAGGCACCGUGUGUGUGGCGUCCGCGUGCAUCAGGUGUUUCCAAGGCAUUUCUAAGUUGUUUUAGGACAACUACGCGUAUUUCCGUCAUUCCACACAGUGUCUGGCACAUUUUUAAUAUUGCUCCAUUACUUAAGGCAGUUUUUUGUAGAAUCAGCCCUUCCUGUAACAACUUUAGUGUUUUGUACUGUUGUUAAUUUGCUUAAAAUUUUACUGAAAAAGUCAGUAUGAAGGUAAUUAUAAAAAUAAAUACAAUGGGUACAAGA